AUGCGUUACGUAAUGGAUCGACAAUAUCGAGGACCGUAUCGAAUUGCUCGAUUUCUUCCGCAAGAUUUAAUGACACUAGAAAAUAGUACAACAUCAUCAUUCAUAUAUUAUUAUCCGGCAACUACAUGUACAAGUUCUAUUGUAAAUAAUACUGUGAGGCACUUAAAAACAAGUUGGCCAGUAUUUUCACCUACGGUUCAAAGUUUAUCAAAUUCUGAUAUUGAUAGUUUACCAAUGUCUACUCAACAACAAACUUAUGCUUUUAUUUAUUUCACAAAUGUUAAUUUAACAUGCUCAAGUUCAGUAUCGCUUCCAGAUCAAGUUACAUAUACUUUGAGAAUGCAAGAAAAUGGUGUGUUUAAUUAUCGAGCUGACAAAACAGUUUUAGAACAAAGUGAUUAUCUUUGGAAAACAUCACCGGAACAAUCUUGUCAAGAUACCGGUAAUACGGCAAAUUAUACCGGUGCUUUUCUGGGAAUGCAAUAUUUUAUUGAUUUGGCCAUUAUUGAAUAUGUCACAAAUGCCUCAAUGAAUAAUUUAUCAAAUGUUCGUUUAAACCAUUUUGGUUGUCCAGCGUAUUAUGAAGAUGAUUUAUACUCUGUUUAUAAUUUUUUUAUUCCAAUAUUUAUUUCAAUUAUUUAUACAAUAACAUUUAUCAUGAAUGUUGGAUAUGUUGUCGAAGAACGACAUAAUAAAGUUAAGGAAUAUUUUCGAAUAUUUGGUUUAAAUACGUGGAUUAAUAAUUUAGUAUGGGUUUGUCGGGCAAUGUGUAUUUAUCUCGUAUUAACAGCUCUCGUUACUGGAUUAUGUUUGAUGCGUCUGCCACGUUCAAUUUAUACCGUCACUUAUACAGAUUUAUAUACAAACUUAUUUGAUAUUUAUCCAUUAUAUUUGGGUAUUUUGAUGUUAUUAAUGCUUAUAUGGUCUGUAUUGUAUAUGGUGUUAGCUGUUUAUGUGGAAAGAAUUAAUCCCGGAAAUUUUGGAAUAGCGUUACCGUGGUAUUAUAUUUUUCAGCCGUCGUACUGGAAACGACAAUCAAAAAUUGAUCCAAAGUUUGAUCAAAAUGGAACUGAAAUUACUGUCUUAAAUCGAUGGAUUCAAGAAACAAAGUCGAAUACAACACCGUGUGUGUCAAUCAAUAACUUAACGAAAGCCAUAACGGAGCAGGGAAGACCACCGUGA